AUGUCAUUUGUUUCGCCUCAAGAUCUUUCUCUUCGCGACUCGUUCUCCUCUGCUCCUAACUCAGCUGCGUAUACAACCUUGACCAGUCCGUCUACGUUUGACGGGUCCCCUGCUUUCGGCGAUGAUUCGCCUUAUAUCAGUCAUGGCGGCCUCGGCGAUAACAACGUUGUUCAAGGUGAUCCUUGGUUCUCUCUUUUCCCUGACGUAGACAACAACGAGCAACCAAACGCCAUGAACUCACCUUUGGCAGUAGAGGAAGAACUCGAAGUAUCGGAGCAACUUUCACGAGAAAAAGGAUAA